CAAAUGUUGAAAACGUUAUGGAGUGUGCUUGUUAACUAAAGUUAAAGCGACUCAUUUUAGCAUCUUCAAAAUUUACUAUAUGAUAAAAAUUCUCAGUAUUCAAUAUGAUUUAUUUUUAAUUUAAUAGGUUUUUAAAAUUUUAUAUUUAAUUUAAUUUAAACCUUUGUCUUUGCCUUUAUUUAAAUUAACUUUACAGACUUCACUUUACUACUUUACUUAACUUUACAUACUUACUGAUGCUAUACUGAUUAAUGUGUUUUCUUUACUCGGACUUUACUGUACUAUAUUCACUUUACAUUACAGACUUUACUUUUACAAUUUACUGCCUUAGCGUUGCAUUUACUUCUACACUUUUCAGAUUUCACGUCUUUCCUGAACUGUCUUUACAUUGAACAAAAAAUUCGUUUGCAUUCACAUUUAAUAAGGCCCAUUAUUGGCAUUCAUUACAAUCAAAACAAUUAUGAUAUUUUGAUUAUUAAUUAGACCUAUUAGUCUUAAUAAUUAUAAUCUACUGCUACUCAUAACUCAAUAAUCAUCAUUUAUUGAAAAUGAAAAAAUUCUGGCUAAAAAAAUCAUAUGAAUGUCUAUUCUACAAAUAAAUAUUAAAUAGUAGUAUAGUAGUAACUAAAUCAACUAAAUGAUAAUGUAAUAUAUGUGCUAAUGACAAUGAACAUUAGACUAAAUUUUAAUCUUUAAGUUAGAAUGUAGUACCAUUUACUGCCAACCAGUAAGCUGCAAUCAGAAAUCUGAUCUGCUUUGUGUAUGUCAUAAUAUGUGCUGUACUGCACAGAAUAGUCAUACUAAUUUGUCUAUUCUACUUUAAAUGAACUAAUUUAAUGAUUGGGACAACUCAGUCAUUUUCACUUAGUGAGUCUGUAGAGUGUUUAAUAACAUUUUCAGUUCAUUAAGUAAUUCACUGUAACUGUACUAGUGACUGGUCUGGAUGGGCCAAUGCCUAUUGCCUAUAGCCUUAUAGCCUAUCUGAAUUUAUUUUUUUUAAAGACAAUUUAAAAAAUUUCUUGUUCAGUUAUUCUUACUUAGUUAAUUAAUUUUUAAAAAUAGAAAAUUUAUGUUAAACUCCCUUCUUACUGUUAAUUAGGCCUACAUAAUAUAAUGACUUUAAAAGGAAUUUAAUAAAUAAAAAUCCCUAAAAACAAAGUUUUUCAAAUAAAUCCUUGAUAUGCAUUUUUUAUUAUUUAAUUUAUAUGAAAGUUCAAAUGUCCAGCCCGCUUUUACUCUACAGGUUUAUUUCACCAACUAUUUCCGAAAAACAAAAGAAAGUAUGCACCAAAUGCACUUUAAAUAUUUUUUUAAAAAGAAUCUCAUUUAGCUCAGUUUUCUGGAAUUUUUUUGUGUGAAAUCAGUGGCAUCAUAUUUCCUUCAUCUUUCCCUUGAAAAAUAAGAAAAACUGAGUUUUGGGAGUGGGGGUGAAAAUGUGAAAGAACCUGUUGUCAUCAGCAACAAGUGUAUGCCAAGUUCGAGCUUGAUAGGUUGAUGGGAAGUGGGUCAAUUAGCCGUCUCAAGAUUUUGCCACCCCGCCAAAUACAAAAAUGAAGUUAAUAUAAAGAAUUUUUUGUAAAAUUAGAAUCGAUAGUUAAAUAGUAAGGGGCUAUUUAUGCUCACUAAUAGUGAGCUACAGUAAAACUCAACUUCGUUACUUAGUAUUACAGUAAUUAAUUAGUAAUACUAACUUUGUUACAUAAAAAACUAUUCUACACUUGAUUUAAUAUAGUUUUUGUAUUGUUAAUCAAUGUUCAAUACCCGGUUGUCAAAUUGAAAUCAAGGAUGAGUUUUAUUCUUAGUCUCAUAUUAGUUUUACUAGUUUUGUGUGUUUGAAUUAUUUGUUUUUCAUUUUAAUUUUAAAUGAAAAUGGGAUAAUUUAUUCGAAGUAUUUGAAUGACAUUGAAUUAUUAUUUAUCUCUUAUAGGCUUUGUCUUGUAAAUCACAAGUGUUUCAUAUAUUUAGAAAUUGCGAAUAUUAAUUGUUUUAAGGAAACUUUUGAUUAUUCAUGCUAUACUGCUUUUAACCUAUAAAUUCGGCUUAUUACAUUUCAGCAUUUAUGGAUUCUCUCAUGAAUGAUGAAGACAUAAAAUAUAUUUUGGCUCAACAAGAUGGAACCUAAAACACCAAGUUUAUUAAUUCGAAGGCGUUCUGUCCAUUACCUACAACCUCUUCAUAUUCCACCAUAUGAUAAAUCGGAGCCUGUUAGGCAUAUCUCUAUCAGAAAUCUUGAUAUUGUAUACAACAAGCAGUUAGUAAUUGAUGAGGGAUGUGAGCUUUUCAACAAUUUUAUUGUGGAACAAGUUCAGAAAAAUGCAAAAGAAAACCUUCUUGAAGUGUUAACCAUGUAAGUCAAGUUGAAUUAAAUAACCACUAAAAACACAGUUUUUCCUAUAAAUCCUUUAUAAAAUGUAAUAUCGAGCAUGGGGUUUUGGGGGGGGGGGGGGGCCCCUGAAAUUUUACAAAAACAUGCAUACAAGUAACGCACUUUAUAAGAGUCCCAAUUAGUGCUUCCCUCUCCAAAGGCUAGUAACCGCACAUUUUUUUCACACCCCUGCCCUGAACUAUAUUAACAUUUUAAAGACCCAUCUACUUUUACCCGGCAGAUUUAUUUCCAUAUUUCAGAAAAACAAAAGAAAAUUUUAAGUACCAAACACCCUUGCGAUAUUGUUUUGUAUGAUUCUCAUUUAGUGCAGUUAUUUAAAAUUUUCCUUCAUGUGAUCCUUGAAAAACAGGGAAAUCUGAUUAUUUUGAGAUUGGGGUUGAAAAUUAGAAUAUGUUUUCAUUUGAAAAGAGUCUGCCAAGUUUCAGCUCGAUAGGUUGAUGGGAAGUGGGUCAAUUGCCAUCUGAAGAUUUUGCCACUGAGCCAGCCACCUACGAACAAAAGGGAAUUUAUAUAGAGGAUUUAAAACGAAAUGAAAAUGAAACUAUUUGCCUUUAUUUCCAUCACACAGCUUGAACACAGUCCUUCAUUUAAUAUCCUUUAUGCUGUGCUUUCCAAUUAAUUCUGUUUUUAAUGUUAAGGGAGAAUGUGUCACAUGAUGAAUUGAUGGAAAAAGCUAUAAUUGAUUAACUGGGGAUCACUCUUCUAGUGGCUACAUUUGCUUGUUAAUUUAUAUGCUUUGUAAUAGUACUUUAACAUAAAUUUCAUUAACCAAUCGAAAGGCCUUAUGGACAUAAUAACAAUUAAAAAUUUAAAUGUUCAGACUUUGCAUCAAAAUAGUGCAGUAGUACCGGUACUUAUUUUUGGGAUACAGAGAAAAUAUACUCUUACACAACUAAAUAUUACAGUUACAGACUGCACCCCAUUUUUUUUUUUAUUUUAUAGAUGAGUUUAAAAAUAAAAAGUUAUGGGAGUUAAACACCAAAAAUGUGAAGCUCGGUGCAGCUAAAACUAAAUCGAUUAUUUUAUAAGUUUUUGUGUGGAUUUGUAAAACUUAUGAUUUUGAAUAUGUUUAUCUAUAUAUGUUAUACAGGUAUGUAUCUUAUUUCUUCCUAAUUUUGAUCUAAAAUGUUUCAAACAACUUUAUUAUUUGAGAUUAAGCUUAACUCACUUUAUGUUUUUAAAUGGCUUUAUUAAAAUUGAAACUUUAUUUUUGAAACUCACAUUCACCAUUGUUUACGAGGUAAUUUUUAUUAUCAACCUACUCUUGACAAAGUCAAAUAAUUUCAGAAUUCCUCAAGGAUACAAACAUUUAAAAUGGGCGAAGGAUGCAGCAAGUCUCAGAAUAAUGGCCAAUAAAUUGUUAGCAACAUGUGAUAGAAAAAAAAUUAAAGAAGAUGCCACUAAGGUAUGCUUUAAAACUGAAACAAAUUAAUUACAUUAAUAAAAGUGCAUUAAAAAAAAUUCCUUGUUUUUCUUUUAGUUAGUGACAUAAGCAGCAUUUUCUUAGGAAAAAAGAUUUCUCCACCUCCCUUCAAACAGUUCCUAAUUGUUUACCCCCCCCCCACCCCCUAUUUUAGCUACCCCCUCCCCUCUCUCUUUCUUCCCCUCAUUUAUGGUCUCCAUGAAAUAUCCUUUGUGGUCACAAAAAAAACACUAUUCUAGAUCAUACAUUGGCCUAUAAUCUUAAAGCGCAGGUAGUUAAGAUUACCAUAAACUAUGGACUACAUACAUGCAGCCAGAUAUAUUAUUCACAAUAAUGCUGAGAGUUAAUUUUUUUGUGUACUACAGACUUUGGUAAUAGAUUAUUGAAUCCAAUUAAAUUACAAUUUUAAAAUAGUUUUCACUCAAGAAUUAAACAAAACAUUUACUACAACAAUUUUUUUUUUUUCAGAUGGAUGCUGACAUCAGCAAAGACCAGUAUAUAAGAAAAUUAGAAAACUUACUGCAAGAUGGAGAAAUUACUGCAAACAAAAUCUUGCUAUUGUUUUUCUUUUGUUCAGAUGCAGCAGUGCAUGCAUUGCCUUUGAGCUGGGAACGUUUUUCCCAGAUUUUCCAGUGGUCCAUACUUUUCAUAUCUGAACAUGUGUGUCUAUUCGUCUAUGAUACUGGAGGUUGGGUAAGCCACGAAAAUGUUACAAAUAUUUGUUAAAAGGCUACAAUAUGUAAGGAAACAGUACCUUUAUUGAAGUAUUUGAAGUAAGAUUUCUUUAAAUAACUAUUCUUUUGGUCCCUUAGCAUAUAUGAAUAAACAUAUCUUACAAACAUUUGCCAACAUCCUAGUUUUCUUCCUUCCACUUUAAAAAAAAAUAAUUUUUUUAAUUACUUUUAAAUUUUUCACAGAGCAAGGCUUUUCCCGCAUCCAUGAAAACUUCAAACAGUCAAGUGUGGUUAGCCUCAGCAGGAUUUAUUUUUAUUAUUCUAUGUAGUUUUAUACGACGGAAAAAUGUCUGAAUUUUCUCAAAUUUGUUGAUGAAAUAUUUUUGUCAAACUAUAAAAAAUAUUUUGUUAAACUAUUUAUGUGAAUAAUUGUGGCCUAUUUCUACAUAUAUUCUUUACCACCAGUGCUUUGUAAAAAAUCAACUGUUUUAUUAUAUUGUGCUAAACAAUAUUAAAGUAUUACAUCAAGAAAAUGUAUGGUAGGAUCUUCCUGACUGCUUGUAAUACUGUAAUAUUUUGAAAGUGACAUGAGAAUAUAAAGGCCAUAUUUAAACACAGAGAAGAAAAUAGAAUGCAUUUGUAACUUUACACAUAAGUCAUGGGACUUUCAGAUGAUCACCAAAAGAAGAUUUCAUAUUGUUAAUAUUGAAGUGGCAGCUUUUUAGCACUGAGAUAUUAUUAUUAAAAGGCAGCAAUAAUAUACCAGAAAGCAGCAUAAGUUUAUUACUUAUCUUGACUAUGGAGAUUCUUCUUGAUCCUGCUCAACAUGUAUAAUAACUUUGUAUGUCUUCUGUAAUAGUUCUGAAUGUAUCACUUUUCUUAGAUUAUUUACCUGAUUUAAAUGUUCAGCAUUUCUAUGAAAUAUCUGAUGUUAUCACCUCAAAUGGUUUGUCCAAAAUAUGUGAUGUUAUCACCUCAAAUGGUUUGUCCAAAAUAUGGAGGCUAAAAAAAAAAAAUCAUUAAAUAGAUUAUGACAUAGGGAUUUCUACCAGAUGAAUGAAAUCAAUAAUUAAGGAACAACCUUAUUUUAGAUUUAGAGCCAAGACUUCAUAGGUCAGUCUCUAGUUUUGAAAGUUAUUGUCUCUGUCUGGAUUGCUUUCAUCCAAAACCUGUAGGGAAAAGACAUGAGAAAAGCUUUGAAAUCGCUUUUGCUGCAAAUUGAUAUAAAAGAUAACUGGACUAAAAAUUUAAUGUUUUAUAAAUGUUGAAAGACCAGAAAGUAAUUUUCAUUGUGCUUCGUAUUAUUAUUAUAAAUUAGUUAGUAGUAUGAUCUUAAUUUCUUCUGUGAUUUUGGAUGAAACUUAAGAAAUGGGAUAUAUGCAAAAAAGAUUUGAAAAAUAAACAUAACAAACAUAAAA